AUGAACAAUACAAGAGGUUACUCGGAGACUCCAAAGCAAUCUCAAUUUGUCCGUUGCGAGCCGCAUCGUCGCUCGCUCGGCCCAGAGAUACCACCACAGGCAACGUCCGGCCCAUCAUUAGAUACUUCCGUCUCACAAAAGGAUUUCUGGCGGGCGGAAAGCAUUGGAGAAAGAGGCAGAGAUAAAUUCGUCGACAGCAUGGCCAGCUUACCUAGUGCCUCUGAAGGCCUUCACUUAGGAUUCGCGUCUGGUACUACUUUACCGCACAUUACUGAUACCAAGACAACUGGAACAGAUUGUAUAUCGAGGUUGAAACAGCACACUUGGGCGGCAAAUCGUCCGACUGCAACCGUCCCCUUUGCUCUCAAGACUUUGGCUUUGGGCCAGCUUGAGCCUUUUGUCGAUGCAUAUUUCUCUCUCUUCCACCCAUCAUACCCGAUCGUGCACGAAGCAACAUUCCGAGCUCAAUUCAUGGAAGUAAUCCCUCGACCAGCUAGGGAUGAUUGGCAAGCUCUUCUUUUCAUAAUCGCCGCGGUUGGUGCGUGGGCAACAGCCACUGAACAGACGGAUAUUCACCCCUGUUUAUUCGAAGCUGCUAAGGCGCGGCUUUCCAUUGACAUGCUGGAAAUGAGAAAUCCAUCUCUCGUGCAGGCUCUAGCCCUUCUUUCGAAUUUCAUGGAGAAGAUAAACAUGCCGAAUUCCGGAUACAACUUAGUGGGUCUUGUACGCCGCAUUGCGAUGGGUAUCGGACUCUAUAAAAACAGUGCAAGUCAGGAAAAUCGUCUUUUCAACCUUGAGACGAGGCGACGCAUCUGGCACUGCAUCUACAUUUUCGAUGUCAGUGCUAUUGUCACAUUUUUUCCGACCGCUCGAUCUUCCAAGUGA